AAUCCAAAGAUGCUUCUUUUCAUCGUUGCAUAAAAGUGCAGAAACACAGAGGCACGUCUGAAACACGCAAGCAAGCAAGAGAGCCAGGGAGAUGGCAGAGCCUCUCUCGAAUGGCGCUGCCUACCAAUCAGUGCCUGAAUCCUACGUAUUCCCGGAGCAAAAGAGACCGGGGAGCUCGCCAUGUUCUGCAGCAGCGAUACCUGUAGUUGACCUUGGUGGAGAUGACCAUGGCAAGAUUGUGGAGCAGAUCAUCGACGCAGGGCGAGAGUUCGGUUUCUUUCAGGUGGUCAACCAUGGCGUGGCAGAUGAGGUGAUGAGAGAGAUGAUGAGCAGCGCAGAGGAGUUCUUCAUGCUCCCCACGGAGGAGAAGAUGGUGCACUACUCCACUGACAGUAAGAAGCUUCCACGGUUCCACUCCAGCGUCGGGAACGACCAGGAGAAGGUUCUGUACUGGAGGGACUGCCUCAAGCUCGGCUGCUACCCCUUUCACCAAUUCAGGCAACAAUGGCCUGAAAAACCAGCCGGGCUCAGGGCGGCAUUGGAGGCGUACACGACGGCGGUGAGGGCGGUGGCGCUGCGCCUGCUGCAGCUCACCGCGGCGGGCCUAGGGAUCAACGAGGGCCACUUCGAGGGAGAGCUCAGCGCCGGGCCGGUGCUCAUGAACGUGAACCACUACGUGCCGUGCCCGGACCCGAGCCUCACCCUUGGCCUCGCGCCGCACUGCGACCCCAACCUCGUCACCCUCCUCAUGGAGAACGGUGUCAGCGGCUUGCAGGUGCUGCACGGUGGCGGCUGGGUCGACGUCGAGCCCCUGCCGGGCGCGCUCAUCGUCAACUUCGGGCACCAGAUGGAGGUGAUCAGCAACGGCGGCGUGAGGAGCGGCGAGCACCGCGUGGUGACGAACGCGCGCGCCGCGCGGACUUCGGUGGCGACGUUCGUCAUGCCCGAGAUGUGCUGCGCCGUCGCGCCGGCGCCCGAGCUGGUCCCCGACGGCGAGCCCCCUCUGAGCAGGCCGUACACCUACGAGGAGUUCGUCGGCGUUUACACUUCGGAGACGGGGGACAGAGCUGCCGUCCUGGCGCAUUUCCAGAACAAGCACUGACUGCAUUUCCUGUAUAGUAUGCUGCAGAGGAAUGGCUAUUCGAGAGCACAUUUUCUGUGGACCAUUUUCUUGAGCUAAUCAAAUCUGCAUCCGAAUAUAUAAAGAACAACAUAAGGGAAUAACUAAACAGUCUGAGAAUCGAUU